AUGAAGUCCCUAAAGCGUGCAAUAACACGCUCGUUCUCAUGUCUUCGCAGGAAACCUCUACCUAUUCCCCCUACAAAUCCUCUUUUAGCCGCUAACGAGCUUGUUGACGAGGAAAUCUGCCCUGGCUAUAACCCUAAUAAGUUCUAUCCAGCUAGGCCCGGAGAUGUACUCGACAAUCGCUAUCAAAUCCUCGUGAAAGUUGGCUGGGGAGUUUCAUCAACUGUGUGGUUUGCCCGUGACAUGCGAGGAUACCAGUAUGAACCAGAGGGUGUUGUGGCACUGAAAAUAACAAACGCGAACCAGCCAAUCGACGACGAAUGCGGGAUCGAGAACCACAUCUUCAGGGCAAAUCCGUCACACCGUGGUCGCGCACUUUUCAGGACAUCUUCCGAAUGUUUUGAAAUCACAAGCUCAGCGGGGAAACAUAUGUGUUUGGCAUAUGAACCCAUGAGGGAGCCAUUAUGGUUAUUCAAGAGGCGCUUUAAAGAUGAAGCUAUUCCCCUCCCACUCGUCAAGACAUAUGUCCGGCUUCUCCUCGUGGGAUUGGACUACCUUCAUACAGAGUGUAAAGUCGUGCAUACUGAUUUAAAACUCGAGAACAUCAUGGUCUCGUUUGAAGAUCCAGCAGUGCUUGGUGACUUCAUGGGUUCCUUGUAUGAUACACCAAUGCAAUACAAGAUUGAUUCUACGGGCCGACCAGUCUAUCGCUGCCACAACGAUUUUGGGCCACUUCGAAAGCUGAGAAAUAUACCUAAGAUCGUCGAUUUUGGCCACUCAGUGAAGUUUGACUCCGAGGACGAUUUGAUGAUUCAACCUAUUCAACCGGAUCACUACCGCGCACCUGAGGUUAUUCUAGGCUGCGGAUGGGGAAUGAGUACCGACAUCUGGAAUCUCGGCGUGCUUCUCUGGGACAUUUUUGAGAACAAGGAGCUGUUCCGCUUGGUGUAUGAUGCAAAUGGGCAGUACAAUGCUAAAGGGCAUCUCGCAGAAAUGAUAGCUUUGCUUGGGCCACCACCCCCAGACUUAGUCGCGAGAUCGCGGUCAACGUCAGAAUACCAGUGGCCAGAGCCCAUAGUGAGAGAAGACGGGCAACUUUGUGGAAACUCAAGAGAAUACUUUGGGGGCCCGUUUUUUGAUGAUAAUGGUAAUUUUUUGCAUGAAGAUUUGAUACCAGAUCGGAGGUUUGAUGACACGGCCCCUUCUCUAGACAGUGAGCAAAGGGAAAAAUUCCUAUCUUUUGUAAAAAGGAUGGUCACCUGGCUCCCAGAAGAAAGGGCAACCGCGCGUGAACUCGCUGAACAUCCAUUCCUCCAACUGAAAUAA